AUGUCUUUUACCUUUAAAGCCGUUCGUUACAGGAACAAAAACUCGCCUCUUUCAAUUAAGACCGUGUCGUUGCCAAUUAAGCAAAAUGGUGACAAUUACCUGAUUCCUGACGACAGUGUUUUGGUCAAGGUGCGGGCAUCAGCACUUAAUCCCGUUGACCUUUUGGUCAAGAACACCGUUUACUCGAUAUUCUCCUUCAGUGACAAAGGCAUUGGCUUUGACUUCUCGGGAGAUGUUUUGGCUGUUGGAGGCUCGGUGGCUGCGAAAUCCGAUUUCAAGAUCGGAGACAAGGUGUGUGGUUUUAAUCUGACGUAUUUCUCCGAUGGUUCAAUGGCGGAAUACAUUUUGAUCAAGCCUUUCAAAGAGUCUGGUGCGUCGAUCAGAAAAAUUCCAGCAAAGCUUUCGUACGAACAGGCUGCAGCUUACCCUCUCGUUUUUGGUACAGCUGAGUCUUUGUUUCAGUAUUGUCUGCUGGUGAAAACCGACAAGCCAGAGGCUUCUUUCAGAAAGGUGCUUAUUUUGGGAGCUGGAACGUCGGUGGGAAGAUAUGCCGUGCAAUUGGCCAAACAAAUCUAUGGCUCGGAACAUAUUGUGGUCACUUGUUCAGGUAAGACUGAACCUGUAGCAAGACAGUAUGGAGCUACCGAGGUGAUCGACUACACGAAGAACAAGAACAUCUUGAACGCGGUUUUGGAAAGUGUGAAGAUCACAGGCAAAUUUGAUGCCAUUUUGGACUGUUGUGGAAACAGUGAUUUGUUCCCUCAGAUCGAAGAAAUCCUUAGAUCCAGAAAGGAAGGUGGGGCCUAUGUGACUGUAACCGGUGACGCCAAGCUGGACUACUCAAAGGGCUUCUUGAGUCUUGUGUCCAACAAUUUCAGCACUUUUUUCCGGAUUUUCAGAUCCAAAACGGGAUUUUUACCCUACUACUAUGAGAUGGUUCAGAUUCUGAACGAUACCAAGCAGACAUGGCCAGACAAAUUGGUUGAAUACUUGGAAAACCACGAGUUUGAUGUGGUGAUUGACAGUGUUUAUGAGUUGGAAGACUUCCAGAAAGGUGUGGAUAGAGUUGCGUCCAACCGUGCUGUUGGAAAAGUAGUGUUCACUUCGUAA